AUGAUCGACAAGGACGGACUACUCAGGGUUGGAGGACGCUUGCACCACUCGCAAUUGUCCACAGAGGCGAAACAUCCAGUUUUGCUACCGAAAUCUCAUCGCAUCACCAAGCUGAUACUUGAAUACGAACACAGGGUCAACCUGCACCCUGGCGUCUCAUCACUCUUUGUUAUGGUACGUCAAACAUUCUGGAUAUUUGGCGCAAGGAACUUGAUAAGGAAAGUCACACACGACUGUUUGGCUUGUUUUCGACAGCGGCAUCAUACAUCACAACAAAGGAUGGCUGAUCUACCCAGCAUUCGUGUCACUCAGGCACUUCCAUUUGUAAACACUGGAUGUGACUAUGCUGGUCCAAUCCUUCUUAAGGAUGGAAAGGGGCGCAAACCGCGCAUUGGUAAGGGCUACAUAUGCCUAUUUGUUUGUCUGGUCACAUCGGCAAUCCAUCUGGAACUUGUAACGGACUUGAGCACCGACUCAUUCUUGGCCGCGCUAAGACGUUUCGUCUCUUUGCGUGGCAAGUGCAACAAAAUCUAUAGCGACAACGGAACGAAUUUCAUUGGAGCUAAACGCUCUCUUGAUGAAAUGCAGAAGCUGCUGGCAUCUCAGCCACACAUCGAAAAGGUUAGGAAUGCUCUGGCGAAUGAUGGCAUUCAAUGGGUAUUCAUUCCACCACAUGCUCCUCAUUGGGGAGGAAAAUGGGAAUCUGCAGUCAGAUGCGUAAAGCUGCAUAUUCGCCGAGUCAUUGGGAAAUCUACUCUCACCUACGAGCAGAUGCGAACUCUACUUGCACAAGUCAGUGCGGUGGUCAACUCACGACCCUUGUGCUACAACUCGGACACAGAUAUCAAUUAUUUGUCGCCAGCACAUUUCUUGAUCGGCAGGCCUCUCACAACUAUACCAGAGGCAGACCUAGGCCACAUCCCCGUGGGCCGACUUGGGUACUGGCAAAGUAUCCAAUCUAUGAUGCAAGGUUUCUGGAAGCAAUGGCAUCAGGAGUAUCUUACCACAUUGCAACAGCGUCCAAAGUGGACCACUACAACACCAAAUAUAGCAGUGGGAGAUGUGGUGCUUGUAAAGGAAUCGAACACCCCACCAGCUCACUGGCAUCUGGCGCUGGUUCUCGAAGCCUACCCAGGCAAGGAUCAAUUGGUUCGAGCGGUUAGACUCAAGACCUCUUCGGGAGAAUUAACUCGGCCAAUCACCAAGGUUGCGGUAUUGCCCCGUUCAGAAACUGUGUUUCAGGGCGGGCCGGGAUGUUCAGGAACGGAUUGCGUUUAUCGAUAA